UAUAAUGUAGUGGACGGAACGCUUCUUUCAACAGCAGCAACAGUUAGUCGGACACCUCGGUAGCUUGAUAGACAAAUAGCCGAACCAAUAAACCGCUUUAGACGCUUUCGUGUUUAUUAGCCACUGUAUUUUAAAGUCACUACUGUCGUCUAGUUAGUUAUGCGAUUUAAUUUCAUAUUUACGGUGUUGUUUUUAGUCAGCUAACGGGCUGGUUAAGUUAGCAUUAGCCUAGCUAGCUAACAUCUCUGACCAUGAGUUCACUAAGCUGCUCUCCUCCUGAUAAAGAAGAGGUGGUCUGCUGGAUGGAGAAAGAAGCUCUGGUGAAAGAGGAGGAGGAAGUUACAAUACAAAAACAAGUAGAGGGUGAGGCUGUUACGGUGAAAGAAGAAGAGAAAGACGUCCCAGUUAAAGAAGAGGAAGAUACGUUCAGAGUGAAAGAGGAGGAGGAUGUUACAGUAAAAGAAGAGGAGGAAGAGAAAGAGGAGGAUGCGGUUUUUGGAGUGAAAGAGGAGGAGGAGGAGGUGACUGUCACAUCCAAAAAGGAGGAGGAAGAAGACGAGGAAACUGGAUAUCUGUGCCCGGUUUCCCAAAAGCAUAUUCAGGCGUCCAAUGGUUCUAACAAUGAAUUUAGCCAUAAGAUGGUUUUGAGAAACCGGGCCCUGAUUAACACUAGAGAGAGAUGUGACUAUCGUGGAUCCUCUGGGGAGCCUCAACAACAUCAUGAGGCAGAGAAAAGUCUCUCCAGAUCAGAACUCCUCAAGAAACACCAGCAGAGAACCACAGGGAAGAAAUCUCACUUCUGCUCUAACUGUGGGAAAGGUUGCAAAUCUUCAUCAGAACUUAAAAUACACCAGCGAGUACACACAGGAGAGAAAUCUCACUGCUGCUCUGACUAUGGUAAAAGAUUCAACUCUUCAGUAAAACUUAAAAUACAUCAAAGAUUACACAAAAGAGACAAACCAUAUGGCUGUGCUCAAUGUGGGAAGAGUUUUUCUUCAUCUAGCUAUCUCAUUGUACACAAGAGAACACACACAGGAGAGAAACCUUAUAGCUGUGAUCAAUGUGGGAAGAGUUUUACUUCAUCUGGCCAGCUGACUUUACACCAGAGAACACACACAGGAGAGAAAUUGUAUAGCUGUGAUCAAUGUGGGAAGAGUUUUACUAGAUCUGACCAUCUGACUUUACACCAGAGAAUACACACAGGAGAUAAGUCUUAUAGCUGUGAACAAUGUGGGAAGAGUUUUACUAGAUCUGACCAUCUGACUUUACACCAGAGAAUACACACAGGAGAGAAGCCUUAUGGCUGUGAUCAAUGUGGGAAGUGUUUUCCUACAUCUGACCAUCUGACUAUACACCAGAAUACACACAGGAGAGAAACCGUUUAGCUGUGAUCA